UCAUACAGAUCUAAAUUCCCCAUAUUACUCCUGUCCCUCUCACUUCUGUUUCACCGUGUUUGUCUCUCCCGUGUUUUCAGGUUGGAGUUUUCUCGCACCCAGAAUCAUGUGACGGCACACGUGUUCUCCAGCAGCUCUACCGUCCCGGUGCUUUCCUGCUCAACCAAGGAGUGGGCGCUAAAGAAGGAGCUGGCUUCCACCAGUUGCGUGUCGGCGUGCCAGGCUGUGGGCGAGGUGCUGGCACAUCGAUGCCAGCAGGCCGGCAUCAACAGGAUGGUGUACAGGGCGAUUCCCUGGACGUACCGCUCUGACGCUGUAAAGUCAUUCAGGGCAGCAAUGAAAGAGGGAGGAAUCACGCUUAGUGAACCCAGAAGAAAAUACAUCGGUACCUGAAUUUAGGGUGUCAUCUGUUGUUAUUUCAAAAUGUCCACUGUAUCACUUACCCUCAGCUCUUUUGUGAAUUAAAACUGUAUUGAUAUUAAGAUGACCAGCAUUACAGUAGAUUACAAUAUAAAGAGAAACAAAAUGAGUGACGAAAGUAAGGUUGCUUGUCCCUGUGCUUUGUCUCUUGUGGAUAAAAUGUCCAGUAGACCGAAACAUCUGCCCUACACCUCAAAACAAUAUGAAUAUCAAAAUGUGUUUUAAUUAUAAAACUAGAGUCUAGAGGAGUUAGAAUUCAAAGAUGUACUUUUACUAAAGGCAAUAUAUGAUGGUAUGUUGGCACAGUUCAGGCCAUCACAUUGAAUAAGAAGCUUUGUACAAAUCAAUAAAGGUGAUGGAUAAAGCAAAA